AAGACGAUGGAUUUCAAGAUAUUCUGAAUCGACUUUAUAAUGAAUAUCCAGAUAUUUGGCAAAGAGGCAUUUACUAUUACUUUUAUAUUGAUAUGGGUGGUGUUUAUCACACCUUAGAUCAAGAGAAUUGGCUGAGAGGCAAGUCUUGAGUAUGUCGUGAUAAUCAACUGAUCUAGUGUAGAUAAAGAUACAAUGAUUGUCACCACAAUAGAAGAAAUAACAGAAUUACCCAAGAUCAGUUUAAAUGCAGUUCAUGCUUCAUUCCGACCUGAGAUCACAUUACGAGAUCAUCAAGUAGAAGGUGUGAAUCGCAUGAUCCAAUUGGAAAGAUCAGAUCAUGGUGGUAUUUUAGCAGACGAUAUGGGUCUAGGAAAGACCAUUCAAACAUUGGCUGUCAUUCUACGCCAACAACCAUUGACCAAUACGUAUGCAAGCACAUUAGUCAUUGUCCCUUCCCGCGGUAUUGGAGAUCAAUGGGCUCAAGAGAUCAGAACAAAGACAACGUAUGGCAGUCUACCUUAUUUUAUAUACCAAGAUGAUUCUGUUGCUCUUAUUGAUCAACCUUGUUUUCGUGUGAUCAUUACGACGUAUGACCGAGUAAGAAAUGAAUAUAAAAAGUAUAUAUCAGGCGCUAUGGAUGAAUCAUCUUUAUUUGAUGUAGAAUGGCACCGUAUUGUUUUGGAUGAAUCCCAUAAAGUAAGAGAUAGAACCAUGCUUGCUCAUGCAGUGAUUGGAUUAAAAGGGAAAUUCAGAUGGUGUUUAUCUGGCACACCUUUUCAGAAUAAUGUGACAGAACUCUAUCCUAUCUUUCAAUUCUUGGGUAUUGAAAUAGACCAAAGACGUAAAAAUGAUGAUGACUAUGUGAUGAAUCUACUCAAAAGUCACAUGAUCAGAAGAACAAAGGCUAUCUUACACAAAGAAUUAACUAUUUUACCUCGACAAGAGAAUCGUAUCACACUCCAGUUUAGUGCACCUGAAAGAGCAUUGUAUGACUAUCUUGAAAGACUCUUGUAUCAUCAAUUAUCACUUUCUAGGCAAACAGGAGAUAGACACCACCAUGCUAUUUCAGCUGCUAUUUUAUACUUGAGAUUAAAGCAAGUGUGUAGUCAUCACCUGAUCUUGAUUGAUAAAUUCCCGGACUUGAUUCCAAUGGCUCGGUCUAGUUCGGAUCACUUGGUAUUAAAUCAGAUUCAACAAGAUGUAGAAAAGACAAAAGGAAGAAACUAUUGGGAUGAACCCUCUGAAUAUGAAGAAGCGUUGGAUAUCAUUGAAAGCUAUUAUGAUCAAUUUGGCAAUCUACAGGAACCUAUUGAUUUAUCUCAACUACAGAAAUUGAAAUACAUUAAAUUUUCUACUAAAUUUCGCUGGUUAAUUGGAUUCUUAAGGGAAAUCAUGACAGCAGAUCCAACAGACAAAAUCAUUGUUGUUUCUCAGUUUGUAGAUGCUAUUAGUAAAAUUGCUGAAAUGUUGUCUAACAUUCGAAUUCCCUUUGAGACAUACCAUGGUAGUAUGAGUCCUUAUUAUCGUAGAGUGGCUUUACAGAGAUUCAACCAUGAUUCUAAAACAAGAGUGAUGGUCAUGUCAUUAAAAGCAGGCGGAGUAGGCCUUAAUUUACAAAGAGCAAAUCACAUGAUCAUCCUGGACCGAUGGUGGAAUCCAGCCACGAUGGACCAAGCUAUUUCUCGCAUUCACCGUAUGACUCAGGAAAAAGAAACGUUCAUUUAUACCGUCGUCAUUCAAGAUACAAUUGAAGAGAGCCUCAUGGACACCAUUCUGAAUAAAAAGAACGCCUUGUUCCAAAAGAUUGUUGAAAACAAACCUGAAGAAUCCUUUGCGACAGUGGAGGAAGACACAACUCAAGACAUCAAGAAAGAGGAAGACAAUUUUUCAUUACCCAAGGACGUCAUGAAGAUCAUUUCUGAUGUAGGCAUUCAUGAGUCUGUGGAUACAGUCAGUAAUCGAUUGUCCGCCCGAGACAAACAAAGAAAGCGUAGAAAGGUCUAAAUUUGUAAAUAAAAUGCUCGUGUUGUUUGUCCCUUCUUGGUGACUGAAUGACGACAUGGCUAUGAACAAAGAC